AUCCAAAACUCAAUCAUCAUUCUCCCUUCUCUCUUACAGUAAUAUAAAACCCCCACCCACCACCUUUGUGAAAAAACACUCAAAACCCCCUACCUAAUUUAUAAACCUCAACUCACUGAGUUCAACCAACCAAACAAAACAAACAAACAAACAAACAUGUCAAAAGAAGUAAGUGAAACCGGAGAAACAGCCCGGAGAGACUAUGUCGACCCACCCCCUGCACCUCUCCUUGACAUGGCUGAGCUCAAGCUCUGGUCAUUUUACCGAGCCCUGAUUGCUGAGUUUGUAGCCACCCUGCUGUUUCUUUACAUCACGGUGGCUACAGUCAUUGGGUACCAAAAAGAAACUGACCCAUGUGGCGGUGUUGGUGUUCUUGGCAUCGCUUGGGCCUUUGGUGGCAUGAUUUUUGUGCUUGUUUACUGUACUGCCGGUAUUUCUGGUGGACACAUUAACCCUGCGGUUACAUUUGGGCUAUUCUUGGCAAGAAAGGUGUCACUACUAAGAGCCCUUGGCUACAUGGUUGCACAAAGUUUGGGUGCAAUCUGUGGUGUGGGUCUGGUCAAGGCCUUCAUGAAAUCAGACUUCAACUCACUAGGCGGUGGUGCAAACAAGGUUGCAUCUGGUUACAACAAGGGUACUGCACUUGGUGCAGAGAUUAUUGGUACAUUUGUACUUGUCUACACUGUUUUCUCUGCUACUGACCCAAAGAGGAGUGCACGUGACUCUCACGUUCCUGUCUUGGCUCCAUUACCCAUUGGGUUUGCUGUGUUUAUGGUGCAUUUGGCCACCAUACCAAUUACUGGCACUGGUAUCAACCCUGCCAGAAGCUUUGGCUCUGCUGUCAUUAUCAACAGUGAAAAAGUUUGGGAUGACCAAUGGAUUUUCUGGGUUGGACCCAUGGUGGGAGCAGCAGCUGCAGCAGCAUAUCAUCAAUACAUAUUGAGGGCUGCAGCCAUCAAAGCUUUGGGUUCCUUCAGAAGCAACCCCACAAACUAGAAUGGCAGUGGGGCAUUGUGUGUCAAUUGAUCUGGUCCUAAAUUAUUUCUUCAUUUUAAAACUUUUAUUAUUAUUCUAUGAUGUUAAUUUAUCAUCUAUGGAUGUGCUUUGUGUAUUAAUUAUGGAGAUGGACAUAUGAAGAAUGAUUGCUUGAA